GGCGCGAGGCCCUGCUUUAUUCACUUCCUAAACGAACGAUCAUGCAAGAAUGGACACAAAUACGAAUCGCCAAGAAGCGUUAUGUACGACCAACACAGUCAAGCCCUUUCCACCCCACCAUGCCCCUUUCGAGACAGGCUCAAGAAAACGCUCCGGCUUAUUCGUGAUCAAUGAGUCGAUCUUCGCCUUGUGCAUAAGCACUCGACUAUUACCGACACCCCAUGGGACAGGGUACCAGUUACAGAAUCCGAAGAGACUGUCGUCGCGGCGUGGCAUGUACAAAAUACAUGUAAAGGAAGAUUCUGCAAUAGCGGGUAGCAGUAUGCAUGAGCUAUGCUCAAUAUUGUGGUUCAAUCGGUAUAUCUCAAUACCAGUAGAAUUAGAACUGAUAGUUGAGAUCGACAAAAUCUAUGCAAUUGGAACGAUCACAUCAUUAAUGACCUUGUUCAAAUGCCAAUAAAUU